AACAGAGGCGCUCCCUUAGGGAAGCCGGAAGAGGGCGUCCUGCGUGACGUACGGGGCUGCCAUGUUGGUAGUGGCACGGGAGAGGGGGAACCUGCGCCGUUAUGCCCGAGCCGCUCUCUUCUCGUUCCAAGCGGCAGGUCGUUCAGCGGACGAGGGAAGGUUGCGAGGGGAGAGACCUUCAGCAGGACCCUUAAGGGAUCGGGAGCGAGCGGACGCAUGGGGACCAUGGCCCAUGAGCCGGCGCCCUGUACUGUCAAGAGCCCAGUAGCACUGCAAGUGGGCGACAUGAGGACUGAACUAGGCCGGCCUGGUGUUUUGGUGAUUGAUGUUGUGCUUCCACAUUCACAGACCAUUGAUCUGCACGAGAUUGUGUUCAAGAAUUACUACACAGCCUUUCUAACUCUGCGAGUGCAGCGCCGCAACCCUGCAGAUGGUGGGGAAGAGAGCCCUUCAAAAUGGGUUACCUGCCUGAGGAACUACCGGCUGAUGCCCAACCCACACACAGAGGAAGGCUCUCAAGAUUACUUCUCUCUUUCCAGACAUCAGAUGCUUUGUGAUGUGGACCGGGUCGCUGCCAUGCGUUUCAUCCUGCGCCAGCCAUCUCCAGUGUGGCUGCAUUUCACCAUUGAGGAGUUGCAGCUUUUCCCUGGGAGUCAGAAGAGUCCUCAGAAAGGCUUUCCUGCUUGGCUUUCUUACCCAUCAUCACAGGAGCCACCAACAAAUCUACAUGAUGGACUCCCUGAUGCGGGCAAAGUGUCUUCUGAAGUGCAACAAAUGUGGGUUCUGACUGAGAUGCUCCAGACCAAUCAACCAGCCACACGAAUUGGACGUUUUGAUGUGGAUGGUUCCUAUGAUUUGAAUCUCUUGUCCUACACUUGAGUUUUCUUCUUGGGUUAGAAGACAACAAGGCAACUCGAAGCUGAACUCUCUGGGUUUAUUUCCAAAAUCCCUACAUUUCGGAUUUGCUUGAAGCAGAAAGAAAGAUGACUACAUACAUCUGAUGGCUUCAUGUUGUAGUCCUCUCCCUUUGUUAUUUUGAGGCAGCAUUUUGGCCUCUGACUCUCCAAGUCAUUUGUGGAAAACAGCCUCUGUAACCCUGCAUUUCACAUAAAACCGUGGAAGACUGGAUUCUCCAAAUAGAAGCAACCUUACUCGGACCUGUCAUUUUCUACUUUGCUUUUCAGAACUUUCUACUUUAUUCAAGCUUCUUUUUAAGUAUCCUCUUCAAGAACCUGAUACUGGAAAAACAGGGAGAAACAAAACCCUUUCUUUGGCAAUGGAAUGACUUAAAAUGCCAAGACCUUCGAGCAGUUUGUUCUGAAAUCCAAGGAUGGGACAUCCAAUUAUGUGAUGAAUUCCUCUGCUGUGGCUACCUCACUUGCAAUCCUAGAAAGCAUACUUAUUAAAAAUAUACAGUAUUUGGGGGAGGGGAAUAAGGGAAGUUUCCUGAGUACUUCAAAUUCCCUAUUCUUUUUAAAGCGAGAGUGGACUGUUUUUGUGGAUGUUUAGAUCAAGGAUGGAUCAAGUGCCAUCUUCCGCACACUGUUGGAUUGUGACACUCAGUAUUUACUCUGCUAGUUAGGGUUCAGGGGAGAGGCUGUCCAAAAACAUCUGGAAGUCCGCCCUUCCUCUAGACGUUGCUAGGUUCUGUUUCACAGCAGAUGUGCUCAAGCAUAUCUAGUAGUCAACAGCGUGACCUCUGUGUAGACAUAGAUUCUUGACCUUAGUGAAAUGUGAAUAGCUUAGUUCAUGAUUGCAGAGGCUUAACCCUGACAUUUCCCAAGCUAGCAGGGCCAUAAUUACAAUGCACUAAUGGUUGUAUUCAGAGAAAAAUAAUGUUAAAUAGAAGUGCUGGUUUGCACUGUGUCAGAGUAGCUGCAUGUUGGUUUUUCAGUUGAAGCCUGGAGCCCUUUGUCAUUUCUAGUUGUGAAAACACUAGAACAAAUCCUUCUGGAGUUCUUGGCUCAGGGACAACAUUACUUUAUAGAAAGUUGGGUUACAUCAAAGUUAGCAGAUGCUAGUAUAUUCUUAAAAAAUUUCACACUUUAACCUUCUGUUUCACCUCCUCAGCUAGCUGUUGCACGGUUGUGUAGCUCUUUUCUUACAUCAAUGAAUUACUUUACUCGCUCAGUAAGUGUUGAGAGCAAGGAUAUAUAAAUUGUUAUGGGGAAAGGAUGGUUUCAGAUUACUUAUGCAUCAAGAACUGCUGUGUUUAAGAAAUCAGGUUCUCAGUUAUCGGUCAGUAAAAGUUAUCUGAAACUUCCUAUCCAAGGGCUGAUCUGACUGCUUAAAAGAGGAUAUCUGGGCACUUUCCCUAUUUGCAUAGUGCCAUAUAGCUUCCAUCUAAAUGCACUUUCCUCAUGGUAAUUGUUACCCAAAGGACCAAGUUAUAGAACAGACUAAAUUAUUGCUGUGGGGUUGUGACUUUUGGGAGGUUUUUAAAUGCUGGACCUUAGAUCUCAGGAGCAAGCUUGUACUAUUUGUUUGUAGCUGAGUAGUUUUAAUUCCUGUUAUUUAUUAUGAACUAUUUAUGUUGCUUAUUUAUAACUGGGAAGAACUGCAAUGUUUUCCAAUCUUUUGUAUUAAAUCGGGGUCGAUGUACUUAACUCUUUCCCAGUAGACAAUAAUAAAAAUAAAUCUUAAUUCA